AAAGAGGCGCCACCGACAAUAAUAAAGAAAUCACGAAAAUCAUAAACGGCGAACACUACAUUAUUUAUCAAGCGGAAAAUCCAUUUUAGCAAAUUUAUUUACAUUUCUUGCACUUAUUUUUCGUUGAACAAAUUUUUGCGCCACUUGGUUAAAAAAUGUUGGCCAAUUCUCAGCGAUUCCGAGUGGUAAAACUGCUUGCAAGUUAUUCCUCCACUGAUGCGGCAAACACAGAUUUCCGAGUCCUCGACCUGAGGAAAGGAGCCGGAGGCGAUGGCUUGACGUCUAGAAGCAGAUUUCAACGGCGUUCCGAGGUGGGACCGCAACUGCUGCCUCCUCGAGAAACCCGCAUGCCCAUUGACCAGGACUGGCCCAGUGUGUGGCCAGGACCGAGGUCAUUCCACCCUGCCUCGGUGCCUCUGCCUGUGCGUCAGGGCUACCCUGCCAGGAGACUAGAUGCUCCCCCAGGCAAAUACGCCAACGCAGAGCUCAUGAAAAUUCCCAACUUCCUCCAUCUCACACCGUUGGCUGUCCAAAGACACUGCCAAGCAAUCAAAAAGUUCUGCACGCCGUGGCCAAAGGUGCUUGAAAAUGACGAUGCCUGCGAAAAACAUUUUCCAAUCGAAACAACAACCUCUGAUUACUUACAUUCAUCUCCUAGCAUUAGAGAUCCCUUGGGAAGAAUAGUCACGCUCCAGGUCAAAUUGUCGAGUAUUCCUGUGGAAGGAAGAGCCAGAGACAAGUUUCUGCGGCUCAUUAAUGAACGAUAUGAUCCAAAAACAGACUUGGUGACAAUUGUAACUGACAGGUGCCCAACAAAGAAGCAAAAUUUUGACUAUGCUAAUUUUCUGCUCACGGUCGUCUACCACGAGUCAUUGAAAGAGGAGUCGUGGGAAAGUGAAAAGUGUACCUUGGACAACGAACUUUUUGAUUGGCAGACUAGUGCAUCUAGGGUGUCUAUUGAGCAACUUUCUUCAAGAAACAAAAAUCUGGAGCCUGAGCAUGUUCAACUCUACUCGGAAGCGCUUACUAAAUUGAUGGACAAAGGUGAAGACCAGGAAACCUUGGCCGACUAUAAGGAGCGCACGCUCCGCAUGUUGGGUCACUCAAGAAACUGAGCAGAGACGUUCCGAGAGCACUCGCCCUUGCUGUUGAAUGUGAAUUUGUAGUAGCUACCAUCGGCGCAGACCACUGGAAAUAAAAAAAAAUACAGUGUAGUGAAUUUUACUUUUUCAACGGAAAAACGUCAUUUUAUUACCUAUUACUGAGUUGGCCUCCGAGCCAAAGGCGCACAUGCACUGAGUGCUGUUUGGCACCUGGAAUUUGCAGAAACUCCAGCUCGAGCUGAAGUACUUUGGCAAGAAUGUUGCUGACGCCAAACUGCAAAAUCAAAAAUAUUUGGGUUUUUUUAAUAGCAAUUAGGCAGAUAAUUAAAUCAAUGAUUUUGUCUCAAUAGGAAAUUUUUUAAACUGACCUAGAAUGUUUAUUCUGCUUUGGAUCUUCCACUGCAAAAAUGUGAACGGUGCCAUGAUCGCUUGCCACACAGAUGAGACUCGAGUCUUUAUUGAAAUUGAUACUAGAAUACAAUGAAACAUUACUUAAUUGAAUAUUCAUACAUGGAAAAUAGAAUAUAUUACCAAUAAAUAUUUGCUGCGUUGGCCCCUCUCCGCAAUUCAUUGACCAUUGUCCCUGUUG